AUGGUUUAUGAUAGGGACUUUUUCCGCGAUACUAAGGUGCGGUAUUUAGGCUAUGCCAACGAAGUAGGCGAGGCGCUCCGCCCGCUGAUCUCCAGGAAUGCGGUGAACCUCAGCUACAAGGUGGCCGGGGCUUAUGUGCUCGCUGACACUGCUGACAAGAGUUUGAAGAUGUUAUGGCGGGAGGGUAAGAUCUCAAGCAUGAUUCUCGGCACCGGCGACGCCCUGAUCUGGCAGGGCCUGGCCUCCAUCGUCAUCCCCGGAAUCACCAUCAACAGGGUCGUCUUCUAUGCAGGCCGAGCACUGAAAGGCAGACCGGUGAGUCCGGCGGUGCAGCGGUUUGCCCCGGUUGCAGUCGGUCUGGCCUGCAUCCCAAUAAUAGUUACUCCGAUCGACCGGGCUGUUUCCUUGUUCAUGAAUUGCACAUACAGACUUAUCUUUGGACACCACUAUUAACCGCCAUUAAACUACACAGUCUACUUACUAUUCAGUCAGGUAACUAUAUUUUAUUAAAAUUACCUAU